AUGGCAGCUGUCACCCCCCAGAAAAGGACCCAUAGUUCUAUGGAUACUGAUGGCUCAUCCUCAGCCUUUGAGACUCCUGUGAAAAAAAUGAUGAUAGGCUUUGCUGAAGGUCUGUCUCUGCUCAAGAAACCGAGAAAGAAUUGGUUGGCUUCUCAGAUAAAAUGGUCGUCAAGCUCCAAUGAUGAGAUGAAGGAAAACGAGGCUGUGCCGGUGUCGAGAAGGCUGGAUAUCUCACCGCUUCAGGCAGCCAGCGUUCCCACAGCCGCGCAAAGGGAGUCCUCGGGGAAAUCAUCCCCCAAGCCCGCUUCCUCCUAUAAGCCCUUUGUGUCUGUGGUGUCUUUUUAUGGCAAGGAAAAGCGAUACCUUACUCCUCUGGAGAGGAAACUGAACGAGAAGCACGCUUUGGGUGAGAGGAGCAGCGAUGAAAAUCUCCCGGCUGCCAGCAGGACUGAGAAGAUGAACAUCAACUUGAGCAGGACGCAGGCUGCGCUGGAUGAACUGACUUCUCCCUUUGCGUCCAACCCACCUGCAAAACCAUCUCACACCUCGCAGAAAAGCAAGAAGGCGAAAGAGCUCUGCAAGUGCUCCAGAGAUCAGAUGGUCAUUGAUGCCGGUCAGAAGCAUUUUGGUGCCAUAGUUUGCAAGUCCUGUGGCAUGAUCUACACGGCCGCUAGCCCGGAGGAUGAAGCCCAGCACAUCCAGCACCACGAGCGGUUCCUCGAGGCUCUCCGAUACGUGGGUUGGAAGAAAGAACGAGUUGUGGCAGAGUUCUGGGAUGGGAAAAUUGUAUUGAUUCUUCCAAGUGACCCAAAAUAUGCCGUCAAGAAGGCAGAAGAUGUGCGAGAAAUUGUAGAUAACGAAUUGGGAUUUAAGCAAGUUUCUUUGAGCUGCCCAGCCAAGGCUAAAAUAUACUUGUUUGUGUCCAACGAGAAGAUGAUUGUUGGGUGUUUAGUGGCUGAAUCAAUCAAGCAGGCUUUCCGCGUGCUGUCUGAGCCGGGAGCCGUGCCGUCCCCUGAGCAGGACGCCCUGCAGCAGCACCGGGCUUGGCGCUGCUCCACCGAGCCUGAGCCGGCCGUCUGCGGUGUCAGCAGGAUCUGGGUGUUCGGCCUGAGGCGCAGGAAGGGCAUCGCCCGGCGCAUGGUGGAUGUGGUCAGGAACACCUUCAUGUACGGCUGCUACCUGAGCACCAACGAAAUCGCCUUCUCCGACCCGACACCAGAUGGCAAGUUGUUUGCAAUGAAAUACUGCCAAACUCCUAACUUCCUUGUUUAUAAUUUUAUUUAUAACAACUGA